ACAAACAAAAUGGCUUCCAGAUCAGAGGAGGAUCUCUGGUGUCCAGUCUGCCAUGACGUCUUUAGAGAUCCUGUUGUUCUGUCAUGUAGCCACAGCUUCUGUAAAGACUGUCUGCAGAAAUGGUGGACGAGGAAACCAACACAGGAGUGUCCAGUUUGUAAGAAAAGAUCUUUGUUUGAACCACCUUGUAACCUGGUGUUAAAGAACCUGUGUGAGGCCUUCUUACUGGAGACAGAUCAGCGAGCUUCAGAGGCUCCCUGCAGUCUGAACUCUGACAAACACAACCUCUUCUGUCUGGACCAUCAACAGCCAGCAUGUCUGGUCUACAGAGAUUCAGAAAAGCCCUCCAACCACAGAUUCAGACCCAUCGAUAAAGCUGCACGACAACACAGGAAGAAACUUCAGGAAACUCUGGAGCCCGUAAAGGACAAGCUGCAGCUUUUCAAAGAAGUUAAAGUGAAUUGUGAUCAAACAGCUGAACACAUGAAGGCCCAGGCCUGACGCACAGAGAGGCAGAUUAAGGA